AUGUUAUCUAAUCGAUCAAAUAAGGAUACCAAGGAAGUCAAACGUAUUAGUUUGAUUCCAAGUAGAUAGGAGUAAUAACAAGAACAAGAAUACAAGUACAUAUAACUUGUAAAAACUGUAAAUGUAGAGAAUCAGGAUCCAAAAUGGUCAGAACUUAAAGUAGAUGGCAAAAAUAUCAAUCAUAGAGCUUAUACAAGUAUAACAAUUCAUAAUGAUUUGUAUAUAUUGUUUAUUAUAUAGCUUAUAUUUAUAUGGUGGAUACUAAGUUCAAUUAGGAAUCAUGGAUGAAUUCUAUCGUAUGAAUUUAAAGAGUUUAAGUUAUUAAUGGGAAAAGCUGAUCUAUAAAGAAAACCCAGGACCAAGAACUCGUCAUUAAAUGUGUACUUACAUGGAUAGAAUCUAUAUUUUUGGUGGCUAAAUCCAUUAAUCUGUCUCAACUAAUUCCAUGUGGUAUUUUGAUCUCAAUUCCCACACUUGGAUUAAGUGCAAAAUUAAUUAAUCUUACCCUCCAGAAAUAGAUAAUCAUACAGCCAUUAUUCAUAAUGAUAAUUGGAUUGUAUUUGGAGGCUUUUUUGGAGGUACAGUUGGAUUACAUUCUAACUAUGUCUAUAAAUAUGAGUUUGCUUCUAAUACAUGGCAAAGGAUUUAACCUUAAAAUAGUACAGCUCCCACUCCCAGAGAUGGAGCAGGCAUAACAAUACAUAAGAAUAUUCUCUAUAUGUUUGGAGGAUCUAAUGGACAUUAAAGAUUCAAUGAUCUAUGGAAAUUUGAUUUCUAAGUAUGGACCUACAUACCUGUUAGUUCGAAUAUAUUACCUAAAGUUAGAUCAGGACAUGUAAUGUCUAUUCAUGAUGAUAAAAUUAUUAUUUUUGGUGGAAUACAUGAUAUCACUUGGGAAUUAGAUGAUUUAUUUGUAUUUAAUCUUAAAAAAAUGGAAUGGAUUAGUGUUGAUGAGGAUAGUGCUAGGAAAAAAGAUAAAUAAUAAUUAUCUCCUAACAAAGAUAAUAAAUAAGAUCUUUAAAAUUCAUGUAGAUUUAGAAAAUCAACUAGAACUGGUAGUAUAAAAAAGACUAUUAAAAGAACAACUCUCUCUCCUCUUAAAAAACCUGAUUAAUCUGAAGACAGCGUGGAUUCACCCACUAGAAAUUUAUCUCAAGCUUAAUCUAAUUAAAAAACCCUUGAUGAAAAAAAAAAGAAAGAAAUUUAAUAAAAGAAAAUGGCUUUAUUAAAGAUUUUUGAAGUUGAUGAAGGUUAAAAAUAAUAAUUAAGAGAUAAUUCACCUACUUCUGAAAAAAUGAGGAAUUCAUUAUUUUUAGUAGGAAAUCCAAAAGCUGAUUUAAAGAUUAGAUAAGGGAAAUUAACUGAAUUUGGAAAACCUUUGGUUUCUAGGUAUAUUUUCAAUUAUUUUUCUUUUAGAUUUUUAUAACCACUUUAAUCAAUGUAAAAUUCGAUUGUAGGAAAAAAACCUUGUGCUCGAGAUGGACAUUCAUUUACAAAAUAUGAAUCUUAACUUCUAAUUUUCGGUGGAGAUAGACAUCAAAUGUCCUUUAAUGAUAUAUAUUCUUUAGAUUUAACAAAAAUUUGA